CCACUCGCUUGUUGCAGCGCGCGCGCGCGUUCGGAGACGCCGCGUUCGCGGUGGUGGACAAGCGUGCGCUACGAAGAAGGGUCAUUGCCCGAAACGUCGCGCACUAUAUAUUUAUUUUGUUACCUUUGAAGACCGCCUACACGCACACGAUGCCGCUACUGACGAACGUGUUGGGCUGUGCAAAGGCGAUGCGGUUUGUUGGUGGCACAAGCGCUGUUAGCCAGCGCCUCUUGCCGCGCAACGAGGUGUCGCGGCCGUCUUUGUCUCCCCAGCGCCGACGUUUAACGCGUCGCCGUCGUGCUGGGCACCGAGGAGUCGGGCGGCGGUUGUGGCUGCCGAGCGGGUCCUGCGGGGUCUGGUUGAGGCUGUAGAGAGACGGCUGUAGGGGCUGUGCGCGCUGUGCCCGCUGCAAUCGGAGCGAAGGACGCGUGACGAAGGGAUAAUAGCACGCGGCCAGGAGCAGUAGGGAGCGAAGCCCCUCGCCUCGAGGAUGACACGGACCUGACCAGACCCCCCCCUCUCAACUCCUCCACUCCUCCACUCCUUACCCCACGCGGACUCCAGCGAGGGGGUCUGCGGGCUCCAUUGAGGGGGUGGAUGCUGAUGGUGAUUGGUCAGGGGCCCAGGGGCCCCCCUUUCCUCACCACGCUGCUGCUGCUGUUGCUACUGGCAGCCUUCACCGUGGAGGCUCGGGGGGGGCUCCGAUUGGGGGGCUCCCGAUCCUCACGUGACUACCGGCGGCAGACGCGAGCGGAGCCGGGGGGGGCUCCCGCCCCCUCCCCCAGCAGCUCCACCCAGGAGCCCCGCCAGGGGCCCACCAGCGGGGGGCAGGGGGGCCCUCCCCCCGCUCCUGACGGAGGAGCCCCCCCUAAUGGGGGUCCCGGGGAGUCCGGCCCCGCGGGGGGCGCCACCACCGUCCCCUCGGAGGCGCGCGGCGGGGGCCCUAACGGCACUGCGGGGCCCCCCGUCACCACCGGCGAGCCCCCCACGAGUGGCGACGGUGACGGGAGGCAAGUGAAGCGCCUGGCACUGGAGCUGCCCAGCCUCGUGGAGGUGACGCUGCCAAUAAACGACAUCUGGAUCAACGUGACGGCCUCACCUCCUCCUCCUCCAGGCUACACGUACGACUUCGUGUGGACUCUCAUGAGUCACCCAGCAGAGCUCAGUGGACUCAUCGAAGGGGAGCACACGAGCACGCUCCGUCUCUCCCAGCUGUCGGCCGGGAAGUACGUGUUCCGGAUCACGGUGACGGGACCGCUCGAGUUCGGAGAGGCGUUCAGCAACGUGACCAUAAACCCCGCCCCCCGCGUGAACCAGCCCCCCGUGGCUGUGGCUCUGCCCCGAUCGCAGGAGCUCACUCUACCUGCAGCCUCCACCUUCAUCGACGGCAGCCAGAGCCAGGACGACGAUGGCAUUGCGAGCUACCGCUGGGAGCAGGUGCGGGGACCCACGCAGGAGUCGGGGGGUGCCGGGGACACUGCCGUACUGAGCCUCAACAACCUGGUGCCCGGAUCCUACGCCUUUCGGUUGACUGUGGUUGACACGGACGGAGUGAGUGACUCCACGGAGGCGAAUGUGACGGUGACGCGUCCUGUUGACCGACCUCCAGUGGCCGACGCGGGGCCCACCCAGGUGCUGACCCUACCGCAGAGCGAGCUGACUCUGAACGGCAACCAGAGCGCCGACGACCACGCCGUCACCACGUACGAGUGGGCCAUCAGCCCCAGCAGCCAGAUCAAGGUGGUGAACAUGCAGGGAGUGCGCACGCCGUACCUGCACCUGUCGGCGCUGCAGGAGGGCGAGUACGUGUUCCAGCUCACGGUGGCCGACGUGGCGGGUCAGCACGACACGGCGCAGGUCAGCGUCAUCGUGCAGCCAGAGGUGAACCUGCCCCCCGUGGCCGACGCGGGGCCCGACAAGGAGCUGACUGCGCCGUCGGCCGACACGACGCUCGACGGCUCGCGGAGCCACGACGACCGUGGCAUCGUGGGAUACCUGUGGGAGAAAACCAGUGGGCCCGACGGCCCCCGCCUGACGGGCGUGGACAGGCCGGAGCUGCGCGUCGCCGGGCUGGGCGUCGGGGUCUACGGCUUCCGCCUGACGGUGCGCGACGCCAAGGGGCUGGUGGCGAGCGACGUGGUGAGCGUCACGGUCCGGCAGGAGGUGAACGAGCGGCCGGUGUCGAGAGCGGGCGGCGCUGUGACGGUGACGCUGCCCGCGGGGGUCGUGAGGCUCAACGGCUCGCUCUCGUCCGACGACCAGGGCAUCGUCAGCUUCCGCUGGCAGCGCGACGAGGCCAGCCCGGCUGCCGGGGAGGUGCUGGAGGGCUCGGACUCGCGGGCUGUGCUGCUGCUGAGUAACGUGGUGGAGGGGAGCUACCAGUUCCACCUCACGGUGACGGACGCGCGUGGCCUCUCCCACACGGACACUGCACACUUGGAGGUCCAGCAAGACCCCCUGCGGGACGCGCUGGUGGAGCUGGUGCUGGAGGUGGAUGCUCCUCAGCUUCUGGAGCGGCACAUGCAGCUGCUGAAGCGCAAGCUGGCACUGCUGCUGGGCCUGCAGGAUCAGCUCGUGCAUGUGCAUGCCGUGCGCAGCCUCGCCGAUGACAGCACGGCCGUGAUUCUGCACGCAGAGCGACUGGGGGAGGGAGGUGGGGCUCUGUCCGGCCUGAACGUGUCACGCUCGCUGCGCCGCCGGCUCGCCGGUUCCGGCGGGGAGUUGCUGCCCUUCGCCAUGCUGAGGGUGGACACCCAGAGGUGCCAGCUUCCGUGCUCGGGACACGGCCACUGUGACGGCCUGACACGCUCGUGCCGCUGCCAGCCGUUCUGGAUGGAGGAUCCCGUGCGCAGUCACCUAGGGGACGGAGAGAGCAACUGUGACUGGAGCGUGCUGUACGUGGGGCUGGCGCUGCUCGGGGUGACGCUGGCGCUCGGGGCGGCCGUCUGGCUGCUGGCUUACAGCUGCCGGCGCUGCAGUGUGUGUGUGCGUGGGAGGAGCAGGGGCGCCAGUGUCCGGCGGUCGCGGUACCGCGUGCUCGGCAGCCCGCAGGAGCGAGACUCCCUCGAGCUGCGCUCCCGCGGCAAGCGCUGCACGCCGGGUGGACGCCACAAAGCGAUGAGCAUCUCUUCCCCGGGACCCCGGCACCGCCAGUCGGACUCGGACAGUGACCGCGACUCAAUGGGGGGAUCCGGCCUCGUGGGUCGCGCCCCCCACGGCCGACAAAAUGGAGGGUUGGCGUCCCACAUGGUCCCCUCCGAUCUAGACACCCCGGGCUCACUCAGCGACACUCCAAGCGGCCCCCCACGGGGGGUGCCCGGCCUGCACGGCAUCGGCUCUGAACCUCUCAUCUGAUCGCGCCCUGGGAUUUCCGAAGGGAUUGACAUCCCCCCUCCCUCAAGGAGUAUCGGACCCCCAGCAGCGUGAGGGCCCUAGAAAUGUAAGACAUUUCUGGGCAUGGAGCGCGCAGGGACUCCAGGACUAUGAGACCCCCCUGCCUGUUGGCACAGGGGUCCCCUGGAUGCGAACUUGAGAUAUGUGGACCUCACGGGGGCUCAAGGUCUCUAGAACUAUGGGAUGCACAGACACCCCCAACCCCCACCAGGACUCAUGGUUCCCAUGGGCACGAGACCCCCAGAGAGACCCCCUCACCAGACAUCACAGGACCACUGCGGUGCAUGGAAUGUGGUUGCUACCUGGGGAGAGUAAAGAUGGACAAGAGAGUGCGGCCUGGUGCGGACUGCACAGACCAACAGCCAGCGCUCGCUUGACUGGAAGCUCGGGAGGGAUGAAAGUAGAGCUGGAACAUCUGAUUAUUUAAGUAGUCGAUUGUUGUGCCUGUUAUGGGGCAAACUGCACGACUAAUCGGAAAAUAUUUGAUGGAAAAAAGUCUCACCACUGUUUCCGCGUGUGCCGCGAGACGGGAGGCGAUGUGCGGGAAUUGAUGCUCGUUAUCCACAUCGUCAGCUGAGGCACGCUGGGCGUGGCUUGUCAGCUAAUGUCAAUGAGAGGCCCUACCCUGUUCCUUCGGGAAGGCGGCAUGUCGAGGCAGCUGACGUUUUUAAAAGAGGCCCAAUUAAUCGACCACAACAAAAAGUAGUCGAUCAUAAUUUUAAUGGGGUUCGUCGACUUAACCCACUGUCAUCCGAGGGGUCCGUUCAGCGGGCCAGAGCGCUCUGCCGAACGGUGUGUUUGCAGAGCUCUCUUUUUUUUAAUGGUGGAGAAAAUUGCACAACUCGCUGGGCGUUGGGUGGUCGUGUCAGAAUGUUUCGAGAUGGUAGACAUUCACGACCAAUCAGACCUUGAAACAAUCCCACACGCCCAACCAACGCUCAGCGAGGCAGAUCCUCAGACUGUUAACUCCUUUUAUGAUGCACUGUGGGCUAACAGGUCGUUUGGUAGAAAAGCGCUCUGGAGCGCUCGGCCCAAGGAAUGCACCCCAGCUCGAGAUGGCAGCAUCUCGCAUGCAUUUGCUGGUGUUGAGAGAGCCCCAUCUUUAGAGUUUGUAAUUACUUGUGCCAACUUUAGCCACAGAAGUGUGCAUGUGUGUUUUUAAGGGAAGGUUUAUGCUACUACGUUGACCCAAGCGACAAGGGCUCCGAUCGGCCACGACCUCCGGACACUUUGGACACUUAAGUUCAUCGGCAGUGGCUCUGACUCGGCCGGUGUAGAAGUCAACCCCUGUUAAUGGCCCCUUCGGAUGGUGGCAUAGCUGCAGUUGGCACACUUGAGGCUACCCACUUGAAAAGCUGCUGCUUUUAAGGACUGGGCAGAUGAGAUGUCAACCUCCUCACAGCUCCGUUGGGGAGCCUGAGGAGCAGGGGUCCUUGUGGAGAAGGGGACGUUAUGAAGCAGAGGACCCCUUGGAGAGGCCCUACCCUGUCCCUGCGUCUGUAAAAACAACACCAGUCACUCCGUCCACACUGCUAUGAGUUGCAAAUAUAUAUAUAUAUCCGUAACGAACACUAAAUCCAAUUUACCUCUCGCUAGGGCUGUGACUCCUAGUCACGUGCCACCACCUCUAGUCUGCAAGCAGCUUGGAAAAUAUUUUGUGAGAAAUGAAGCCCUGUAAUGAUGUGAUGAUGUCAUGUGAAGAGAAUAAAUUAUGAUGUUUUGUAAA